AUAUUGUCUCUAAUCAAACAUAAACAAUUAAUUUUGGGCAUAAAUUAGAAAUUCAUAGCAAAAAAAUAGUGAACUGUCAAAUAGAAAUUUGAAGGUUAUAAUAGCCGAAAAGUUAUUUCUAAUAAUAAAUUGGCAAAUUUUGUAAAAUGCUCAGAGAAAUAUUAUAAGAUUGACAGCAAGUUGACACAUGCAAAAUUCUUUGAACAAGGAUUGAAAUGUGGAUCAGCAGUCGUCGGGAAAACAAUUCUAUGGACGAGCUCUUUCAGGAUCUUUAUCAAGAAUGCAAAUUUGUUGCACCAGGAGCGAGACUCUCGUAUUCAUUGCGGAAUCGUUUGGAAAAAUAUAAAGCCGAUACAAGAAAGGAUAUUGUUUCGCGUAUGAAAGAUGGAUGUGCACCAUUGUUUAUUGCAUGUAAGAGAGGACACGUGGAAAUUGUCGAAUAUCUUAUCACAGUGUGUCGUGCUGAUAUCGAGCAACGAGGAAUGUACGAGGUUCCUGAUGACAGAUCAGUUCAUUGUGUCACGCCAUUGUGGUGUGCUGCGGUUUCCGGAAAAUUACGAGUCAUAAAAUGUUUAAUUUCACAUGGUGCCGAUGUCAAUGCAGUCUCCGACAGUGGAUCAACACCUGUUCGAUCGGCCUGCUUCAUGACUCAUCUGGAAAUUGUUUCCUUCCUGGUGGAGAAUGGAGCCGAUAUUCUAAUUGCGAAUUACAAUGGUGGCACUUGUUUGAUAAACUCGGUGCAAAGUGUCGAAUUGUGUAAAUUUCUUUUAACACACGGAGCUGAUGUUAAUGCAAGGGAUAUGCAAAAUAAAACUGCUUUGCAUUAUUCAAUUCAGGAGCAUCGGUUCGAGACAACGAAACUUUUAUUAGAUUAUAAUGCAGAUCCUUAUCUAAAAUCACGAUAUAAUGAUGAUGCUUUACAAACUGCCUGCCUUAAGGGUGCAACACAGAUAUUCGACUACUUAGUGGACAAUGUUGCCUACUCGCAAGAGAGAUUAGCGGACGCUCACGAACUAAUGGGUUCGACAUUUUUUAAUGAUCAUAAUUACACGCAAACAGCACUGAAUUAUUGGAGUACUGCUAUGAAUAUUAGAAAUGAUAAUAUGGUUGACGGAAAGCCAUUGCCAAAGAGGCCAAUUAUGCCAAAAAGAGAUAAUUUUCGUAAUGCGACUGAGUUUUCUACAAUGGAAGAAUUGCAAACUGUAAUGCUCGACUUGGACGCUAUUCGAAUUCAAAGUUUAUUAAUUUGCGAACGAAUUUUAGGUCCACAUCAUAAAGAUACACUUUUUAGACUGAUGUACAGAGGAGCCUCGUAUGCCGAUGCCCUUCGGUAUCAGUAUUGCAUAGAUUUGUGGAGAAGAGCAUUGGAAAUUCGAGUGGAAAAGGAUUCUAUAUUGUUUAGCGACACAUGUUUUACCGCUCAAGCUCUUGUUCGAUUAAUGGUCGAUUUGAAUGAGAAAAUAGUAGAAAUAGCAGAUCGUAAUCGAGAGAAACAAGAACCGAGAUUUUGUGAUGUAGUCGCAAUAUUUAAAUUACUCACCGAAAAUCUUCCUGAAGCUAGAUCAUUAUUGGAGAAACGACCGGUUCAUAAAAAGCAACGGGAGAGUUACGAUCGAAUUUUGAAGUGCAUCACUCAUUUAAUUUAUCUUCUAUUGGAAACUGCACAAUCGGAUGAGGAGAAAGCGGAAAUGCGACAAUUAGUACACAAUUUAGUUAGGCGAAAUCCAAGGUGCGCUUCAACGGAGGAUACACUUCUUCAUCUGUGCGUCUCGAGAGUGAAUACGAUUCAUUCGAAUUAUUUCACCACCGAAGAAUUACAAGUAAUUUUUCCACACGUCGAAGUGGUAAGAUUGCUUUUAAAGUGUAGAGCGCACGUUAAUGCGAGGAACGACACGAGAUCAACUCCUCUGCACGUUGCGAGCAAGCCGAACAACUUCCAAACCGAGCUCGUGAAACUUCUCUUGGAUUAUGGGGCACAUCUAGACACACCAAAUAAAGCUGGCGAGACACCGGCGCAACUAAUAGCCUCAAAUCCCUGUAACAACAUAAGUUUGGUGAAUUACACAAGUCUGCAGUGCCAUGCAGCACAGACAAUUUGUAAAUAUGGAAUUCAAUGCACCGAAUUGCCCGUAACGUUACACGAAUUCCUUAAGUUGCACCAAGAAUAAUUAAUUUCAACUACGCUCUUCUUCUUCUUCUCCUCCUAUUUUUUCAAUUAAUUAUAACCGCAUAAAGUAUUUGUGCAUAAGAAUUUUUAGAAUUGCGUAAUAUUAUUAUAUCUUUUUAGCGAAAUCUAUAUUUACCCAACAAAACAAAAAAUACUCGCAUAGUUCGAAUCAUAAAUAAUAUUAAUAUCACAAUAAUAAUAUUAAUAAAUUAAU